UUCUUAGAUGUUGACUAUAAUUAAAUUUAAAAAUCAAAUGAAACACACGUUACAAGCAUCCAUUUAUAAAUAGGUUCUGCCUUAUGAACAAACUGAAAAAAGGACCAAACAGAUUGUAAUACAAGGAGUUUUUCCAUACACACACCAGAGUGAACUGUGCAAUGGUUACCAUGGAUACUAGGUUUUGGACCGGAUUCCUGUGUCUGUUGUCCACGGUGUCAGUAAUCUACUCCCUGAAGAUUGGAGCCUUUAACAUAAACAGCCUGACUGGGAGUAAACUGAAGACACAUCCCGGUCUGUUGGACAUCUACGUCAAGAUUAUGAGUCGGUACGAUAUUGCAGUUAUUGAAGAAGUUAUGGACACGAAAGGCAUAAAUGACAUUCUCCAAGCUCUUAACAGUCAUGGUGGCGGGCCCUAUGCCUUGCAACUUAGUGGUCGUUUGGGUGGACCAGGAUUCGAGGAAUAUUUUGCAUUUUUAUACAGAACUGACCACGUGAGUGUAAGAAAGAUAUACCAGUAUCCCGACACACACGAUUACUUCGAGCACGAACCAUUUGCAAUCCUGUUCCACACAACGCAUGCAGCUAUUCAUGACUUUGCAAUAGCUGCUGUACAUAUUCGCUCUCGUGAUACUGUGUCUGAGAUGAACCACUUAGUGGACGUCUAUGAUUCAUUAAAGUCGCACUUCGGAAACGAGAACAUUCUGUUUGCUGGAGACUUAAACGCCGAUUGUUUCGGUUUGUCACUGGCAUCUCUUCAUAAAAACCUCUUCUACACAGACCAUCGAUUCCAUUGGUUAAUUCUUAGUACGGAGGACACUAUAGUAUCCGGAAUAAGCAGUUGCGCUUACGACAGAUUCGUGGUGGCUGGAUCAGAGUUUCUGGGUGCGGUCGUCCCCUUCAGUGCCAAAUCAUUCCACUAUGACUUCGAAUACCGGUUGAAUUACCGAGAGUCUCAUUCUGUCAGCGACCACUACCCAAUCGAGAUGGAGCUCAGGUGAUUGAAUACCCAAAUACACAAAUUACUCUUACAAUAAAACUGAAUUAAAUAUUAUUUCAACUA